AUGGAUCCAGUCUCAAUCUUGUCAAUCGUUUCCAGUGUGGUAUAUGUGGUGAAGACUUGCAUCGAGAUAUAUCAAGAAUUUUCCGAUUUUCGCGACUCGCGUAAGGAGACGGUGGUUGGAAGCUAUGAAGUCGAAAAAGAAGAAGACAAAUUGUCACAAGCCAUCAAAGCUUGUGGACCUGCAGUCCAGAAAGAGUACAAUCGGUUAGCUGGGAGAUUUGGGACAAUGUUCGCCCCCAACGGAGAUAAAGAAUUUAAGCGACAAUGCAAACUCAUUGCGAAGAGGCAGCGGAAGCUACUUGAUGGCGUCAAGUCUCUGAAGAGCAGUGGUUCACAAAACAGCCAAUAUGUCAAGAAGAUGAAGAUUCUCACCAUCGAGGCAACAUCAAUUCAUCAAGCAAUGACAAAUGCUAUAAAUCAAUUAGCAAAAAGUGGGCCUGCAGUAAAUCUACCUUCGGGUCUACCCAGUAGCGAUACAACUGGACCUUUGAAAGCUCUUGCACGGCCACGAGCGUUCUGUUACGGAGCACUACUGUUGCAAAAUAACAGCGCUUUUACUGGCGCUGAGCUUGCCGUCGAUGCAAGCAUGUUUCUUCUCGGAUUUACGUGCAAAUAUUGCAAUCUAGAGGUUGGAGACUAUCGAAUGUCGGAAACUGGGAAGACACUUCUUUCGACCCGUGUUCUUGCUAGGUCCCACAUCACAUCUUGCGCCUCACUGAUGGAUCGUCGAGCUUUCUACAAAUGCCUAGCUUGUUUUGCUAAGCAUGGUGAUGUCGAUUUUGGUUCGGCGGAAGCGUUAGAAAAGCAUCUGGAAACGCAUCCUAAGAGGGAGGAGGUAACAUCGUUCCUGGAAGGAGAGGAUUUGACAGCAGAACUCAACCUCAGCGAAGAAGAAAUUGCAUCAGUCCCAGUAGACGUUGAUGAGGAUGAUGCGUCCAAGAGUCUUGAAGAGAAACUUCAAACUGUCGACCGGGAGUAUCAACUAGAGACUGAAGCAGCUCGACCAAUUCAGGUGCAAGCAAGCCCUAUCGUUCGAAAAGAGCCACCGGAGCAGCCCGUGACACCUAGAAGAAAGUCACCAGCACAAGCUGAGCUGGCUAACAAUUACUUGGGAAGACCAGUCGGGGGAAUGGACGUCCCGUCUCCAACUGGGGUAGACGACUACAGCAAUACAUCUGAUCUCGACAGAUACAUUGAGUAUAAUGGGUAUCAUCCAGCGGAUCAGCCCGCUUCAAGCCAAGCAGCAUCUGGCGAUAGGUCUCCACAACCCUCUCCCCAAUUUCCAUCACCGGGAUACCAGCAACCAAGAAUGGACGAUCGUGCAAACAGUCUCAGAGGUCCCGGCCGGCAGCAACUCUCGCCUCAUCUGAGAACAGACGGCGGUACGUUCAGUUUCACUGCAUCUACGCAGCCCUACGUAACGAACACUGCACCCUACGGAAUGCAACCAACGACUUACUCGUCGUUUGCAUCGGAAGCGGCACAAGGAUCAGGAUCGUUUGAAAAUUCUCGACAAGCGCAAGUACCUAAUGCGAAUUUGAAUAAUUUGGAAGACGGCUACUAUGCGCCUAAGAAAGACAAAGAGUCAACCGCUAAAAAGGGCUUUUUCAGCAGUGGUAACAAAGAUAAAAGGUAUAGAUGA